UGUGCACUCAUUGUUAGAACAUCUGUAGAGGACGACAAAGGAUUUACCAUUGAUGAACGCUUGAAUAAUGAAAGAUUUGAAAUACAAACAUAUAAAAGCCUGCUGUUUUUAACAACUUAUCUCAAAACGCUACGGUCACCAACAAUGAAAUUUCGGGCAAUUGUUACCGCUGAAGAAACUCCAGCUUGCUUGUCAAUCGAUUUAAUUGGACAUUCUGAAAGAAGGCAAGAACUUUGCAGUCAACCAUCUAUGGUCCUUACAUCGUUGUCUAUUUUGAACCUUAAUCAAGAUUUGAAAGAAGAGUUCACAAUUCAAGCAGGAAAACAUCAGAGCAUAUAUAUUAAUUUCAUGUAUUUCUACAUGCCAUGUUAUGACGAACUUUUCCACUCCAGUUUCCAGUCAAAAUUCACAAUUGAAGAUGUUGUUGGAAAGAUCGAAAUUUGUUCUGUACGGGAACCACCAGAGAUUUACAAAUCAAAAGGUUCAAUGAUCCAUAUUUAUUCUUGGGUUGACCCAUCCGAGAAUGAAAUAAGAGGAUUUCGAAUACAGUAUAAAUUUUCAGACCAUUCUCUUCAAAGAUAUACGUCUGAGAUAAAAGGAGUUGAAUCAUCCGUUUGUUCGAGACUUUUCCGGAAAUGCUACACUGUGUUAUCUGAAGAGGUAUCAUGGAAUAUUGCAAACACUACAUGUCGUAAGCGCAACGAGUAUCUUGUGACUAUAUUAUCAAAAAAGGAAAUGAAUUACGUCCAGUACUUACUUCGUAGUGCAUUAUACCAGCAAAUGGAGACGUCAGAAGAUGGAGCUGAUAAACGAAAUGUUCAUACAGCACAUAUUGGUUUGAAGCGUUUAAAGGACAAACAGAGAAGGACAGAAUUUAUCUGGAUGAAUAGCUUCAAUGUUACAUACAGUGCUUGGUAAUGUAUCAUUGUCAUAGUUAAAAGUAUAGAAUAUCUAAAAAUGUAGAUGCUCAAUACAACAAAAUGUAAUUACCGACAGUGAAUGUUUCCGAUU